AUGACGAGCCGAGAAGACGAAUAUGACUAUCUUUUUAAAGGUGAGUCGCUUUUUCUCUUAAAGCUAGCUGUCUAAUUUCGACACCAAACCCCGGUUACACCUGUGAGCGAGUGUCAUCUGAUGCCGAGGGGUUGACCCCCGCGUGCCUAACAACAAGGUGUAUGGGGCGACAUUUUUCAUACCUGGAGACAGAGACAGGCACCUGCUCUGGGCUGUAACUUUGUUAGAAGUAGAGAUACAAGUUAGGAAAAGGUGUGUGACUGCACUGUUGCCUGUGAGGACUUUUCUGUAUCGCUCAAGUAGCAUCUGUGGUGGAGUCAUCAUCUCUGCAGGCCGAUGAUGCAAUCAUCUUAUGGUCAUAAACUGUGGUGGGAUGAAAACUCAAAACAGCUUUAAAUAAGCUUAUCUUACUAGUUUGAUGAAUUUUGGGAGAGAUUUUCUACCUGAGGACUUCAUGGCUGACUGGGAAUCACCUGUUAACAGUUUGAACCAUUAAAACAGCUCACAGUUGCUCCAUUUAUUAAACUACUUUUAGCCAAAGACGUUAAAAAGAUGCAAGUUGUGACCCUCCAAGUUGUGAAGUAUAAAUGAAGUAUUAAUAUGCUGUACUUGAAAUGUAAUGUUUAUAUUUAUGAAUACUCCAAAGAAUUAACCACAGUGACAUUAUUUUAGCCUACAAUGAGAGACACAGGGUGUUUUUCUUGCUUUUUUUAAUACAUUUUGAAAACUAUUUUAAAGCGUUAUUUUUUUAUUCCUUUUCUUGUCUGUUUUAAUGCUGAUGUAGACCUAUAUGUCUGACAUAAUACAGACAAAAUAAUGUAAUAUUCAAUAUACUUCAACACAGGGUUGAAAAUGAUUUUCCCCUUAUGGCUAUUUUGUUCCAACAGCUUUCAUACUUGUACCUUGUCAGGGGAAAUGAAGUGCUUUUGGUCUGUUCAAAUAUAGAACACUAAACAGGCAUGUGUUGUCUAACUGGAAAUACCUGCAUGGAGCGUGUGUUGCCACAGAGGAGCUUUCUUUCUGAGCACAGAGAGGACAAGAUUUGCUCACUCUUCCUCAGAUAAAAUGAUUUUUCAUUUAUCUGAUUCAUUGGCAGCAAUGCAAGGACACUGAUAAGGCAGUGGCUGACGUUCAGUCUUCCUCUCAAACCAGGAAAGACCUAACAUUAUUGUUACAGUUCAUCUUUGUUCUUACAGCCUCCUUUUGUCCCUCGCUGCUGGAUAGCCUGAGUCAAGUUGGGUGAGCUUUUAGUGAGUCAUAUCAACCUUUCCCUACUAAUGGUGACAGCAGUGCAGGGAGUCAACCUGCUUUCCUGCUCAUGCCAUACCUCUUUCUUUGUACCCAUCACUGUCAUUAUCGUGAUGUGAACGAAUAUUUUUACUUGAUAUGUCAGAGAAACUUUUAUACUAAUCCUGUCAAUCUCAAACUUUCUCUGAAGACAUCUCUAUUUUUCACCUUCAAGCUGAGAGACUUCUUUGAAAGCUGGGGAUCUAAAAAUCAGCUGUGAUGUGAAAGUAAUUAUCCUGCUUUUAAAGAGGUUAUGUGUUUUAGGUUGCCUUUUUCAGCUAGUAUUAUACAAGGCUUUUAAAUGGAAAUACUGAAAUUGGACAUGCAAUGGUGAUCUGAUCCCAUUUACAGGGAUUUAGGACCAACAGUGUGUUAUUUACUCUUCAUUUCUCAUAGGCUCGGCUGCAUUACCGGGUGCAGCGUUGUAUAAUAGAAUAGAGAGGUGUCAUAUCUUUAUAGCAGGAGAAUACAAGCCCAACAAUGGGCGAGUGAAUGGGUGUGUAAUAAAGCUAUGAUAAUACCUGUCUGAUGGCGGAGAACCUGAAAAUAGUUGCAUAAUGAUUUUUUGUCCUCCGCCCAAGAUCUUUUGUGUGGGACAAAACAAAAAUGGCAGUGUCACUGUUUUUGCAGCGAUACUUUAGGGAGAUGUAUACUUGCAUUUUUUCCAUAUUGUGAUGAAUACAUACUCUACAAACAUCAGUUACACCAUAGUAACACAGAGAAACAUUAAAGCACAAUUUCUCACAAGAAUGAGCUGCAUUGCUUAAAUACAAGUGUAGACAUAGUGAUCGGUUGUAAAUGCAAUUUCACAUUCCCUGACAAGUUCCUAUUUCCCAAUCGAGGGGCGGUGAGUUGGUGUGUUGGGUUCCUUUUGACAGAGUGACUCACCUGACAAUUGUGGAAGUAGAUGUCUGACUAAUACCAACCCGAAUUAUGGCUUUUCCAGUUCAUUUUUAGAGAGGGGACAGCUUUAAAGUCUUUAUUCUAACUGCCUUUAUCAUGCUACUGCCAGUACUAAAGGACUUGUAGUUGCAAGCACUGCAAUUUGCUUCCUUCAUUUUGAAAUUUAGCUGGAUUUAAGUAUGCAAACCAAAAUGAACCAUUUUCUCCAAACAAAAAGCAGUAUGUCCCUAGGUUUAAAACAAGAAUUUAUAGCUUCAGGUGCAGCUUGCUGAUUACGUGUAACCUGGCCAAAACGUUCUCUGUCAUGUCCUGGUUGUUGCUAAAAACAAUCUCCACUACAAACUCUCCUGUCUCUUGUCUGAUAAUGCCCUCCAAAUCUAUUACUUUGUCACUGAUACUCUUGUAUAUAAGAUAUGUCCUUAUAGGAGCAGCAGAGUUCAAGAAAAAUAUAGGUAAUCCUCAAACAUUAAAAGAUCUGUUGCAUUUGGACACCCAGCAAUUCUCAGUUUUUCUCUCUACAUGAAAAACUAAGCCUGACCAAAUAUAAUUAGUCUGCUACAAGCACAAUAUUUUCUAUACCAAAAAUCUUUCCCACUAUAAACAGUCUUUUUCAUGUACAGAUGACUGAGUGCUGAGCGUUUGUAGCUGUCUUAAAAGACUGUUAUUAUAGCGGAGCGUCUUAUCUAAAAUAAUAGCUGUUAAAGAAUAUUUGCUGUGUUAUCUGUGUCUCGGUUUUUAAGGGUAAAAGAUAACCAGUUACACUUCUAAAUUCAAAGAUUGUUGUAUUUGCAGUACAUUUGACAAUAUAAAUCUGCAACUAAUCACCGGUUUAACCUUGAUUAGUGUGUUUAGUCUGCUUGUAUUUCCUGAAAAGAGCAGGUGGUUCUAAUAUUUAGUGAACUCAGUGGGAGUCCCCUGAGUUUCUACUCUUCCUCGGCUAGAAGCCAAACUUGCGCGUCAUUGGAAAGGCAGGCUACCUAAUAGAAUGAGAAACGAAUUCGAUUUUAAGAAUCAGCUCAUCUUGUUUAAUAUCACUCUUUCAUGGUUGAAUAAACUGAUAUACUUACCGUGGAUUUGUCUUUUCAGCUGAGGCGAAGAGGUGUCCUGUGCCGCUUCCAUCAUGUGCUUUUGAAGCUCCCCAUACUUGUUAAAAAAAAAGAUUAAAUUCCCUUAAACAAAUUAGUCACAAGAGUUAAAAUGGAACAAGUCUAUGAGUGGAUUCCACAGUAUACUGUAUGAAUAUGGUGGUGAGGAUUUUUCCACUUUUAAAAACCUGUUUUCUUUUUUUCCCUUUUUGCAGUGGUGCUCAUAGGAGAUUCUGGUGUAGGAAAGAGUAACCUGCUGUCUCGCUUCACUCGGAAUGAGUUCAACUUGGAGAGCAAGAGCACCAUCGGAGUGGAGUUCGCCACACGCAGCAUCCAGGUAGAAGGCAAGACUGUCAAGGCUCAGAUCUGGGACACGGCAGGACAGGAGCGAUACAGAGCUAUCACUUCUGCGUGAGUACAGAACAUCGCUGAAGCCUUUGUGGAGGCGCGGGCUCCCUUUGUGCUUCAAAAACAUGCUCACUUUAUGAAAGCAGUGGUGUCUUCUGACUUCAAACCCAGUAACUCUCAGGUCAACAUAAACUGCUAAAAAGAAGCAUGGUCUCAUUCCAUACAGAAACUUAGAGGUGCUCAUUUGGUUUCCCCGAGCACGGACAGUGUGUCCUUUUUUGUCAAAACUCCUUCUCACAGUCAGUAUGUGUAAUGAAGUUGCCUUCAACUCUACUUAGUUAGGUUGCAGUGUAUGGAUUCAAAACUUUGACCGAGAGCAAAUUGUCUAUGAAUCAAAUUCAGAUUUAAUCAAUUACACCAUCAUCAUAGCUGAAGGAGCUUGGUAGAGACAUGAGGAAGUGAUAAGAACCACAAAAUGCACCUUUUUGCUGUGGGGCAGGAAGUGGUUUGUUAAUCUCAGCUUCUCCUUCCUCUCUUUGUGAAGUUCCUCUCUGUGCAUGCUCAAUAGAAAAUAGAAAGGCAUCUUAAAUUCAAAGAUAAGGAGGACAAAUCACUUAUAAAUCCAUAUUCUGUGUCAAAACUCUGGAAAUAUUCAGGAAGGUUUUUUUGAUUUGAAUAAAUAAUGUCAAUGUCUCCUGCUCCUUAGCUUCUGCCAAUGUUCAGGGAUCAACUCUAAUCUUCAAAGUUGGUUAUGUGACACAAGAAUUUUGAAAUCUAAUGAAAAUGUUUAAUCUUGAUCCUCCUCCCUUUAUUUUCCAGGUAUUACCGUGGAGCAGUUGGAGCCCUCUUGGUUUAUGACAUCGCCAAGCACCUGACGUAUGAAAAUGCUGAGCGCUGGCUGAAGGAGCUGCAGGACCACGCCGACAGCAACAUCGUCAUCAUGCUGGUGGGCAACAAAAGCGAUCUGCGCCACCUCAGGGCAGUGCCCACAGAUGAGGCCAAGGCCUUUGCAGGUAUUGACUUGUGGUGCUAAUGUGUGUUUUCUUUUUAGCUGAACAGUGUCUAACCUCUCUAAGUUUGCAAAGUUCAGGGCUGCACUUCAUUAGAUUGUAGAGGUGAAGGGGAAUUUGCUAUUUUGUAAUUUUCAACCUUCUCUCCUCUUAUCUUUAGGGUCCCUCUGCUGACAUUUGAAAAGAAAUGUGGCCACAAAAUCGUAAUUCAUAGUGGCUUUAACCUCCUAUCUCUCUCAUAUUAAUUUUAAUUCUAUACAGGUGAUAUGAGGAUAGUGCACAUUCAUUCAGCUCUCACUAACACUCUAACAUAAGAUGGAACCAUGUUUGAUGAAUGAUACUGGUGGAAAUGUUUGAGGAUUGGGAUCAAUCUAGGUUUUAGUUGCAUGCAAGUGCUUGUGUUAUUUUACAUGUUUGAAAUAAAGAUAUCAAUAUGUAGGUGCAUGUACAACAGUGGUCAAAGCUGCAGUUGUGUCUCCACAGGGUGAGUUAUAAAGAGUAUACUAACUUCUUCAGUAAACAGAUGAGAAACUAUGGUUUAUUAGAGUUCUCCAUCUCGUCUUCCAUAAAUAAGGGUUGCCUGCAUUCAGGUUUUCACAUUGGAAAACAACUAAAGCAACAUUGAACAGUCUCUGCAUGGAUGUGAUCAACAACAUGUAUUUUUUGGCCAUAAACUCCUUUUUUUUGCUGUUACUGGAGAGGCUUAGUAUCCGUCUGAUUUAGAGAGUGGAAAACAUCUGCAGCGUUUGCCCAUUUUCUCUGGGGUGCAUUUAUUAACAGCCUCCAAAUCUGUUGAUGUUCUGGUCAUCUGUGGGCUUGUUUGAUAGAGAUAACCCCAGUAGAGCCACAGUCUGUUUCUUCUUUUGGAUUUUGAGUCUCUGCCUUUUGCUUGUGUUCCAAGAUAAGCGUGGAAAUAACAGCGAGGAGAAAACCAAAAAGGCAUCUUUAAAUUUGAAUGCUGUCAAGGCAUUAAUGACAUACUUCCAUGAGCAGAGGACCUUGACUCCCUAGAUAACACAUAUAACUACUGUUCUGAUAUACACCCUGCACAUUGUAUGUCUUCAGUAGACAACACUGAUUGGACUAUCCUCAGGGCGCAUGAACGAAAAACCUCAAAAGCUUUGAUACAAAGAUUUUCUCUUGUUUUUUUUUAUUAUUGAUCCAUAAGAACUUACAAAAUAUCAUGUUUUUCUGACAGGGAAUUAAAUUCAUGCUGCUGCCACAAAGAUUCCCAUACAGUUAAUUACUCCUUUUUUUUUUAUAACAGUUUGCACUUAUUUGCUCUGAAAACAUCUACAUUAGGAGUUCUUGAGUCUGACACUGUUGGGCAUUUUUACAUUGACGUGUCCACAAGCGGCACGUCCUUGGCUACAUGUAAGAAAGCACAGCACAAGUUCAAAAGGACUCCAUUUAAAUAAAUUAGACUUCCAUUUCUCCUGACCCUUUGAGAAUUUCAAGGCUUUGUUUCAAAGCAGGUUUAGUUUUUACAAGCAGUAAGCGGAACUUCAUGAUAAUUUAAGUGUAAUUGUCACCCUUUUGACACGCUUAUUAUUUCAAAGUGGUUGCCCCUUGUGUUUAUUCUUGACCUUGAGUUUAUUGGCUCGUGUCUGAGGCAGUGUUGCACCUGCUUUGACUGGUAAAUGACUCCUGAUGGCCCUGCCUGUGUGGAAGUCAAAUUCAUGAAUCUUGUUGAUCCAUAUAAGACUAAAGCAAUUCAUUGUCUUUGCUUUAAAAACGCUGUUUCCAGUCAGCGCUUGCUGGUGUGGCUUAUAUGUUUUUUUUUUUUCGUACCGCUGACCAUAUGGAAGAUCCCUCAUUUACAUUCAGACUAUAAAGGACACGUCCAUGCAAAAACUAUUAUAAUGUCAUGAGUAAAGCGUUCCCCACCCAAGUGACGUUAGAAGAUUUGGAUUAAAACAAAAAGUCAAAGUUAUUUCAAUGUUAAAAGAAGCAGCAGUCUCACAUUUAAGUGGCUGGAACAGUGUUUUUCCUGUAAUGCUGACGUAAUGCUAAUGUAUUUAAAUUUUACAUUUGAGCAAAUGUUUACAGCGUUGUCCUCUUGCUCUAUGGAAAAGUUGCACGUCAUCUUGUCUUUUUUAGGUAGUUAUUCUAAAGGAUCACAUUUUAAAUGAAAUCUGUGUGAAGAUUGCAUUGGUGCUUGGAAAGGUUUUUCAUCAGAAUUUAAACCAGGUAAAAUCUCAGAUGUCUGUGUGAGUGAUAAUAUAUUCAAUAGAUCAUAAAACUGUAUUAUCUGUGAUGAUUAUACAGUCAACCCAGUCGAAGACCACUAUAGUAUAAAUAGGAGUUAAACAUCACCUCAGCUCUGUGUGAAGAGUUAUCAAAGUUAAAAAGUAAUGAGUAACAGUCUAUAUCAUUAUGCUCUUGUUAUUGACAGAGAAGCACGGCUUGUCUUUCCUGGAGACGUCAGCAUUAGACUCAUCCAACGUGGAGCUGGCUUUCAAGAAUAUUCUCACAGGUGAGUUUUCUGUCUGAGUUUUCAGAGUUUAUAACCGAUCAUAGGAUGAAAGUGCAUUCGAUGUGGAACUGCAGCAAAACUUAAAGCCUCCAAAUUGUUUUAUCUUUAUUUACGCCGUUUAUUGAUUUGUCUGGAAGUGUUAACAGUUUCAUCCAGACGUUGAUGGUUUAUAUAACAACACCUUUCAGCCACCACUAGAUGGCAGCAAAAUCCACCCUAUUGGUGAUCUGUGUCCCACACUUAAAUGCUGUCUCAGGCAAAAACACCGCUUGAAUGUUUUUGUCCUUAAAAGUGAAAAAUGAAGGUAAUGGGCACACGGAAAAACCACACAACCGGGCAGCCAACUUUGGUGAGAGCAGCUGUAAAUAUCACUUUAAACUGGUCCUUAGGGUCACAAAUAUGUUUGACCCACUAAACUACAUACAUCUGUUUAGAGAGGAAAUCCAGACACCAGUUCAAAGGUGUUCAUUUUCUGUGAAAGUCUCUAAGCCGUUCCCCUCGGGGUACGAAGCUAAGCUAACAGGGUCGUCUGAUGUAGAAAUUUGGUAACAUGGAAAAACAGCAAUCAUUGUGACUCAGUCAAACCCCUGGAGUGCUUAAAGGGACAAUCCAACAUUGAGUGGUGCUUCCACUCCAAUUGCUCCAGAGGCUAUCAGUGUGUGAGUAUGUGCCACUCACUGUUUGUUUUCUGCUCCUGCUCUAUGUUCAAUACCCAGACGCCUCUGCUUGAGUUGUUUGAGCCAUCCCUCUCUAACCACAGCCUUGUCAGUAAUUUCUGAUUCAUAAAAACUUCAAACCAACAGGCCCCAUUGAGCUAAUGAUGCUAAUUAGCUCAUUAAGGGAGGAGAAUAGAGGAAGUUCACAGCACAUUACUAGGCCAGCUAUAGACCCAGUGAAGCAGGGAAGAAGCCUCAUGUGUAGAUAACAGCGGCGCAAAUCGUGGGUCAGAGAGGGUCAUCUUGAUGGAUUAUUGUCCUUAUAGACUCAGCAGCUGGUGCUGUGUCGAGUUCUUCGAAAUGAGUCAUGGUUUUACCACCUGACGUGUCACGUCACAGUCAGCCAGGAGUCUUGUUUUGCUUUCAACCUUCUUGCUUAAUAGGCAGUUUUUAUUUCAGGACUGUUUUGUUCCACAUCUGGCUGUAGUUUAGAGUUAAAGGGGCAGUGUGCAACAGUAAACCAGAGGGAUGUUUGCACCGCUGCUCCUCGCUUAAGUCGAUGAACUCACCAGCUGAAUGACAUUUAAGUAUUUCAGAGGAAAAGAUCGAUGCUGAAAAUGAGCUGUUUAAUUUCAGUUCUCAUGCACUGAACAUUUAACUUUUUGUAUUUUCUGCUUGUAAGCUUGAGCAAACAGGGAAGAAGAGGCAACAUGUCGAUUAGGUAUUCCAGUUUAAAUGCAAAAUCAUUUCAUCUUGUUGCUUUGCGGGAAUUCCAAAUACAAGAGUUGGUGCUACCUCAUGACAUACUGAUGCGAGUUUAGGAUGGAAAGAAUCCGUCAGUGCUGCCAGGAGUUUGGAUAGAACAGUUGUUGUUCAGUGUUGCCAUGCUGUUUGUCCUUAUCACAAUAUGUCUCUCUGUUGGCUGGAUUUAAAGGCAUCUACAUAUAACUCAUUCCCUUUCACCCCUCUCUCCAUCACAGCCAUCUACAACAUCGUGUCACAGAGGCAGAUAUCAGGGCCAGGCCACUCAGACUUCUCACCAGCCUCCAACGUAGUGCCCAUCACAGUUGAGCCCACCCAAAACUCAGCCAGUAAGGGUGUCUGCUGCCAGAACAACUGA